AUGGCGGCGGCCGCGGGCGGGGAGCUGUGGCGGGAGCGGCAGCGGGCGGCCGACAUCGCGCGCGUCCUGGCGCUCUACCGGCCGCUGCUCGACGCCUACGUGGUGGAGUUCUUCGCCGAGGACCUGUGGGCGCAGCUGCCGCCCUCGUGGCAGGCGGCGCUGGCGGCGGCGCCGGCCCCGCAGCUCGCGGCCCGGCUGCUGGAGCCGCCCGGUACCAGUGCCGGUACCGGAGCCGGUACCGGAGCCGCCGCCGUGUGGCCGCUCUCCCUGCUGGCCUUCCGCGCCACGGCCCAGGCGCUGGCCUUCCCCCGCCACCGGCACCGGCCCCGGCGCCAGCGGAGCGGCCCGGCCGAGUUCCGGCACAACCGGAGCCAGAGCGCCGCACUGCACCCGCUGCUCCGCAAGCACGUCAAGCCCAAGAAGCAGCACGAGAUCCGGCGCCUGGGCAAGGUGGUGAAGCGCCUGAGCGAGGCGGCCGGCUGCGACCGCGUGGUGGACGUGGGCUCGGGGCAGGGCCACCUCUCGCGCGUGCUGGCCUUCGGGCUGGGGCUGCCCGUGAGCGCCGUGGAGGCCGACGGGCGCCUGGUGCAGGCGGCCGAGCGCUUCGACCGGGAGCUGCUGCGGGCGCUGCGCAAGGCGCACGCGCGCGGCGACGAGGUGCCGCUGUCCCCGCGGCCUCCGGAGCACGUGGCCGGGCGCCUGGACCCGCGGGCGCCCUGGCCCGCCGUGCGCGCCAUGCUGCGCCAGCACCCCAAGGUCGUGGCCUUCUUCAGCCUGGCGCUGCUGCUGGCGCCGCUCGUCGAGAGCCUCAUCCUCCUCGACCGGCUGCUCUUCCUGCGGGAGCGAGGCUUCCAGUGCGCCCUGGUCCCCCUCUUCGACCCGCUGCUGUCCCCGCGCAACCUGGUGCUCGUGGCUGCCAAGUGCCCCCUGGGGCCCGUUCUGGCCGCGCUCGAGGACGACAGCAGCGAGGACGAGGAUGAGGACGGCGGUGGGGACGAGGCCGCAGUGCAGGGGUGA